AUGAAGGCAACUCAGGUGCUCGGUUUUCAGUCUACAGCGCUCGCUACAUUGAGGAGGCCCUGGAAAACUUUUAGGGAUGGUACUUUAUACUAUGGGAUGCUAAAAUCUGGAUCCAAGAGACAUCCAUUGACAACCAAACAAGGAAACAAGAACUUCUACAAAGGUACCCGAUCUUCAGGAAUAGGACAUUUGGAUAGUCGUGGAAGGUAUCAUGUAGACUGGAGUAAGGUCAGGACUUAUGUGGUUCCUAGUGGUCUAAAUACAACAAAGUUGAAGGCACUAGUGUCGCCCAAUUCCCCUCAGUUUAUCCAGAAAGUGGAAGGGUAUGACGAUAGCUUCAAAAGUCCAGAGUUAGCUUUCCACAAUGCGGUCAAUUUUAUCGAGAAUGGACCUAACUAUAGUGAAACUGAUUUGGAAAAAGAGGGAUAUAUAGAGAGGAUAGUACACCCCAAAUUGAAAACUACCAGUAAUCACGAAGAAUAG